AUGGUGUUAUAACUUAUCGAUUAUUGAAUAAUAAGUAUUGUUAUUUGUUAAGAUUAUUUGACUUUUAUUUUUUAAACAUUUACAUUUCGAUUUCAACCGUUCUUGGUGCUUGUCGUUUCAACGUUAUUCAUUGCGUCACUCCAUGCUUAUUGCUUAUAUCCACGUGGUUUAUAAUUUCUGGCUGUUGCACAAACCUGAACAGUGAACUGAUCACUGCAUAAAAUAUAGUUGAUACUUGAUAGUCUCUAUAUACUCAAGAUUAAAACCAUGUCAGAUUUAAGUAGCACUGAAGACGAUGUAGGAAUUAUGGAAUUAAAGAAAUAUGUGAUUGUAGAAUUUAUUGAUGGGGUUCAACUAGUUCCAUGCAAUUGGAUAUCGUCAAACCAAAAAGGAACAUUUUAUCCAGAAAAUAUAAACUCAAAGCAAUAUGACAAACUGGUUCUUAAUACUGUUCCAUAUAAGUCUUCAUGGAAAACAUUUUCUAUAAUAAAAAUUUGGGGUUCUUCUGAUAACUUUAUUAGGGCAAAACAAAAAUUAAAAAUUGCCUUGCAAUUAUCUGAAACUGAAGACUUAAACUCUGAGAUUGAUGAAGUACUUGCAAAAAAAAAACGCAGAGAGCUUGCUGCUAAAAGGGUUAAUAAACAAAAUAUUUUAUCACCAAAAAGGAUCAAAAGUCAAACUACAAAAGUAUCUAGUUUUUCUAUUCCACCACUACCAAAAGAUCCAUUUAAGUCAUUACCUGUGUUAAAUGCUGAUCACAAACAUGUUGGAAAGAAUACUAGAGAUAACGAAUCUUGCAGAAAAAAUAUUGCACAUUUAUACUCCCCUUCUACAAGUAAGCAAGAUUGUUCAGUUGAUAGAACUUAUAUUGAAGAAAAUACUGAAGUUUAUAAAUUGCCCAAGCAGAACAAACAUAUUUGUAAUUCUCCUUCAUUUACUCAAAAUUCAUUUCUAAAUAAUAAAAACAAUUUGUACUUAAAUCAAUUAAAAUUAUACUCGCCUAUUAGUGAAGUUAAUAUCACCAAAAAUACUGAAAAUGAUCUGAUGGCAUCUCCUCCAAUGUUUAUUGAUAGUCCAAUUAAAAGUAAUCAAAAAAGGAGCUUUUUUGAUAUGACACCUGAAUCUACUAAAAAACAUAAAAAAAAUGUUGCAGUGAGACAACUAUUUUCUUCAACACAGUCAAAUAUAUCAGAAAUAGACAAUGAAGUUAAUGACAAUUAUUUGAUGGCAACUCCUUCAAUAUUAAAUGACAACCCAACUAUAAGUGGUAAAAAUAAUCUUUUUGAAAGUACACCUGAAUCUGCUCAUAAACAUAUAAAGCAUGUAGCAGUGAGACAACUAAUUUCUAAGACAGAGUCUGAGAUAUUAACAAAUGACAGUGAAGCUAAUGUAAAUCAUGGUUGUAUCUUAAAAUUUAUUACCUCAACAUUACCACAACUUAAUUCAAAACUCAAUAAAAUAAUUUUAAAUCAAUCUAAACACGAAGAAAUGCUGAAAGAUAUUUUAAAGAAUAAUUUAGUACACGAUGAUAGCUUUCAUGACAAUACUGAUUUGGAAGGAUUCCCGUUGAAUAAUUUGAAUUCUUUAAAAGAAGUAGAUUCAAAACUAAAGUCUGAUACAUUAUAUUAUAAAUGUUUGGUAAAACGAUUGAAAGAAUUUGGUGGUAAUAAUGUAUACAUGGUGACUAAAUGCAUAAUGGAAUUUUUGAUAACGGAUAAUUUAGGGAUGCAAAUAUCAUUAACGGGACGUGGAACAAAUAAUAAAAAAAAUGAAAAAAUGUCUCUGAUUUCGUUAACAAUAUUUAAAUUGAUAACACGAGUUAUAAUGAAAAAUGUAUCCGGUUCAACGAUAGUUGAUGUAAAUAAAGCCGUUACUGGAUGGUUAAAACAUGCCAAAGAAAGAUAUGGAAGACGAGAUUUAAUACAUAAUACCUAACAUACAUUAUUUGUUACUUUUUUGAAAAUAUAAAUUUACAA